AUGGUGGGUUUACUGUUGACCAUAGCUGAAUAUCGUCCUGUGCUGUUAUUCUUGUUAGUUCAUUCAGUUACGAUUUCGAAUUCCAACUACACAAAAGAGCCAUGUCGGCCGUUUUCCAAGAUAUCAACAGAUUUGGAAACAAAAGAAGGAGACACGCUUCAAACGAGGAUGGUGCAAUGUAUGCUUAUUAACCCGGAGAAUGAAUUAGGGAAAUUCAAUUUUGAUAUCAGCUGGGCUUUUAACGCUACAACGGGCAUUAAUAACUAUAAUUUGAUCUACGUCAGUGUCGUGUUUUGGUGCCUGUCGCCAAUUGAGCUCGAUUUCAUCAACCCAAACAACAUGGAGAAAAAGAACGUUGUACUGGCUCUCUCACUUAAAGGUGAGUGCAAAGUGUCGGUACAAAAUCUCGCUGUCUUUGCAAAAGCAACCGACUUACGACUUCUGAGUCUAAAAGGAACGAAGGUAACAUGGUUGGCUGCAUCCGGCUCUGGAAACGUAACUCAUGGAAAUGACAGUUUCACAAAGGACAUGAAAAAGCUAUCAUCCUUGCUGGUCCAAGACAGUUUUCCAGCAAACAUACGCGCUAUGUUUUCCGACUCAAACAACGUCUGGCGGGAAAUGGCUGAAGUUAACUUUAAGCGAAUACCAGUAAAAGGAAUCCCAGAACAAUGGAAGACUACCAUGCCAUUGCUACAAAGACUUCUCAUGGUAGAAUGCAAUUUGAAGAAACCACCAGAAUUUCCUUGGAGCGACUCUACCCUGGAGUAUCAACGUGGGCUGAGAAGGACAGCUGAUAGUUUCCAUUCUGUAACGUCGACCCAUGUUAAAGGUAACCUUUACGUUCGCGUAUUGCGUUUAGAUUACAAUAAUAUUGUUGACCUAACGUCUCACGAGUUCAGCGGACUGUUGCAUGUGUUAAGCCUGCGAGGAAAUGGCUUACGGACAGUUGGGCCGUUAUGUUUUCGCAAAUUACGAGGAAUUCAAAUGAUUGACCUCAGCGAAAAUAAUUUAGUGUCCUUACCUCAAGAUCUAUUUCUAAGGUUGACCUCAUUGCGGCAAGUCUAUCUUCGUUCGAACAAGUUGAAGAUUAUUGAACAAAAACUGUUUAAAGACCUGAAUUAUGUUACGGUUGCUACACUUGAUCGAAACAACCUGGACCAUAUUCCAAAGGGACUGUUCAGCUCAUUAGAUUCCCUGGAAAUCCUAGAUUUGGGAACUAACAACAUCACAAAAAUCGAGGAAAAUCCUUUUUCGAAGAAUGCCUCUUUACAAGUGCUGUAUCUCGACAACAACAGACUUUCCAGCAUCCCUUCGUGGAUAUUUCUUCUGCCAGACAUAAGGCUUAUCAACCUCUCUUCUAACGGAUUAAAAUUUCAGGAUCUUGACAAGGCAUUAGAUAGUUUAAUUGUACCGUUCGAGGGCGAAACAAAACAGCUCAAAGACCUUGAUUUGUCGGGCAAUAACAUUACCACACUAAUAGAUUCCGAUGGUUUAAAAAUGAUUAAACGGGACGAAAGAAUCAAUCCAAUUUAUCAAGCCAAGUAUCUUUACCUUUGGAAAUCGUAUUCGAUCAAACUGAAUGGAAAUCCGCUGGCUUGUGAUUGCAUUAUGUCUGCUGUGGCGCAAGAAGUAAAGAAAUUGGUGCAGAGCCGUCCUUACAUUCGAUCCAGGUUUUCAACCUGGAAAUGUCAUUGGCCACAAAGAUUGAAAAACAGAAUGAUACUAGAGAUUGAAGAAAAUCAGUGGAUGGUGAGAGAAGAAAAAGGUAAUACCAAGUGUCCAGUCCAGUGCAUCUGCCUGGAACGCUGCUCAGAUGGAAGAAUGAUUGUUGAUUGCGAAAGGAGGAAUCUUACUGAAGUACCAAGCGUGGUGCCACAGGGUCUGGUGGAGCUUAACCUAGAAGCCAAUACUAUUCAGAGUGUUCCAGCUUAUCCUUACAUGGUUAAUGUUACCAUAUUAAGACUGACCAAUAACCAAAUUAAGUCGCUGACGGCUUCCACAUUGGAGAGACUCGAGAAUAUCGAGAUUUUGCUUCUUGAUGCUAACCAACUGGCAACUUUACCGAGGGAAAUCAAGACUCUUAAGUUCACAACGUUAGCAUUGGAUGGAAACUUAUUCAAAUGCGACUGCACAACCAAGUGGAUGAAAGACUGGCUAGUGAAGGAAAGGAAUCGGAUAAAGAACAUUGAAAGAGUUCUUUGUAACUCUGAGCAUGUUUAUGGGAAACCAAUGUACAGUUUACCAGACGACCAGUUCAUCUGCCCUGCUCAGCUUAACGAACAGAAUGCAGGAAUCAUAGCCGCAUGUAUUCUCGGUGCGCUCUUAGCCUUAGUAAUGAUUAUCGUUGUCUUAAUAUACAAAUACAAUGGAGAAGUCAAGGUCUUUAUGUUCACCCACUUUGACUGGCACCCGUUUGAUCGUAUAGAUGACUCGGAUCCAAACAAAAUAUACGACGCUUUUCUAUCGUUCAGUGAGAACGAUGUCGAUUGGACCGUAAACACAUUACAGAGACGUCUUGAAACACAUGAUCCUCCUUACAGACUGUGCAUUCACCACCGCGACUUUGAGCCUGGAGUUCCAAUUGUAGAAAAUAUAUGGAAAAGCCUUGAUCAAAGCAAGCGUAUGUUAGUGGUGCUUUCACCGAGCUAUGCUACAAGUGACUGGUGUUUGAUGGAGUUUCGUGCCGCUCAUCAAAAAGUGAUGGAGGAUCGCAUGAAGUACCUGAUUUUGAUACUGUUAGAAGAUGUAGACACCAACCAGUUGGAUAAAGAGAUACAGAAUUACCUGCGCUCCAACACCUAUCUAUCGGCGAAAAGCAAAUGGUUCUGGAAAAACCUAUUUUAUGCAAUGCCGCUUCCGACGAAGAAAAAGACAAGCAAAAGGAAUCAGGAGAAUUUCGCCGCUAUAGAAGAAGAACGAGAGAUGGCCUGUUAUACUGAAGACGCAAUAGAACUUGUUUAA